GUUUCGUAAUUAUUGGGAUCAAACAUCAACACUUUGCUUGGACCAACCACAUCUUGCUUCGACAGACAAUUCUAGAAUAAUACCCGGCAGAAAUCAACUCAAGCUUUUAGGUACUGCAUCAAUUCGAAGACCUCUCGCCACAUCGCUUAGUUUCCAUUGCCAUUAUGGCAGCCACCAACAAAGAUGCCGAGAAAGGCGUCAAUGUCUCGGAUCAGGACGAAAAGAGUCAGCAACAACCACUUGAUAUCGAGACCAAGACAGCCAAGGAUGAGAACCACCAUGGAUCCCGCAAGUUCUCACUGGAUACGGCAGAUGCUCUGACUCCUGAUCGCGGCACCGAAGACAUGUUUAACACGAAAGAAAACAACAAAUUCGCUUUUGCCCCCGGUCACUUGAGCAAGCUCUUGAACCCAAAAAGUCACAAUGCCUUUUAUGCUCUCGGAGGUCUUGCUGGUCUGGAGAAGGGUCUGCAAACCAACCGCAAGACCGGCUUGGGUGUUGAUGAAGACAAAUUGGAUCACGCCGUUUCGUUCGAAGAGGUGGCCCUCAAAGGCGUCCCCAAGUACGGAGCAGCUGGAAACACAGUCCCCCAGCCUGACCCAAAAGCGAAGAAUGAUAUCCCCAUCCCGCCUCCACCAAGCGAGUACACCGGUGGCUUUUCGGACCGUAAGCACGCGUUCCGAGAUAACAAGCUACCUGACAAGAAGCAAAAGUCCUUUCUGCAGAUGGUGUGGAUCGCCUACAACGACAAGGUGUUGAUUUUGUUGUCGAUUGCCGCCAUUGUCUCUCUUGCGCUUGGCUUAUACGAGACUUUUGGACAAAGCCAUGCACCGGGUGAAGCUCGAGUCGAGUGGGUUGAGGGUGUUGCCAUUAUGGUCGCCAUUGUUAUCGUUGUCAUGGUUGGCUCGAUCAACGAUUGGCGAAUGCAGCAAAAGUUCAACACUCUCAACAAGAAGAACGACGAUCGCACUGUCAAGGUUAUCCGUUCUGGCAAGUCAGUGGAAAUAUCUGUCUACGACAUUGUGGUUGGUGACGUCGUUCAUCUCUCAACAGGCGACAGUAAGUUUUUAUCAAUGAGACAUCAGGUCGGUCCCUGGCUAACGCACACCUCUUCAGUGGUACCAGUUGACGGCAUCUUUAUUGAAGGUCAUGGGGUCAAGUGCGACGAAUCAUCGGCUACAGGCGAGUCUGAUCUGCUCAAAAAGGUCGGCGCCGAUGAAGUCUACGAGGCCCUUGACAGAAUGGCAAAAGACAAUGUCGAUCAUCCUGAUAUCGAGAAGAUGGACCCCUUCAUCAUCUCCGGCAGCAAGAUUCAAGAAGGCACUGGUACUUUCUUGGCCACUGCAGUGGGCGUCAAUUCCUCUUAUGGUCGUAUCACCAUGUCUCUCAGAACCGAGCAAGAAGACACGCCGUUGCAGAGAAAGCUCAACAUUCUUGCAGAUUGGAUUGCGAAAGCUGGGUUUGCCGCAGCUUUGCUGUUGUUCGUCGUCCUUUUCAUCAAAUUCUGCGUUGGACUUCCCACCAACAACGGUACCCCUGAGCAGAAAGGUCAGCAAUUCCUGAAGCUCUUCAUCGUCUCGGUUACCGUUGUCGUUGUGGCUGUUCCUGAGGGGCUGCCUCUAGCUGUGACUUUGGCGCUCUCGUUCGCAACGUCGCGUAUGAUGAAAGACAACAACUUAGUGCGAGUUCUCAAGGCUUGCGAGACCAUGGGCAACGCGACAACCAUUUGUUCGGACAAAACAGGAACCCUCACGCAGAACAAGAUGUCCGUUGUUGCCACGACCCUGGGCAAGAGCAUCAGUUUUGGCGGUACUGAUGCUCCUCUCGAGUCCUCCAAGGAAGAGAAGCCCAAGAAUAGCACGUCGCCUUCCGACGAAACCCACGUCAACUCGGUUCGCAAUGUCUCCGCCGGAGAUUUCGCCAAAGACCUCAGCUCCGAGACAAAGCAACUCCUCAUCCAAGGCAAUGCUGUCAACUCCACUGCGUUCGAGGGAGACCAAGAAGGAGAGCACACUUUCAUCGGGUCCAAGACUGAAGUUGCCCUUCUCACAUUCAGCCGGGAUCAACUAGGAGCUGGACCUGUUGAAGAGGAGCGAUCAAACGCAAAUGUGGUUCAAGUUGUCCCCUUCGAUUCGGCAGUCAAGUACAUGGCUACUGUUGUCAAGCUCUCGAACGGCAAAUACAGGGCUUACGUCAAGGGAGCCUCUGAGAUUCUCCUCGGAAAAUGCACCAAAGUGCUGGAUAACCCAAGUGGUUCCGAACUCAAUGUGGUCGACUUGACUUCUGAGGACAAGGACAUGUUCGCGCAAACAAUUGACUCGUACGCUGGCCAAACCCUUCGCACCAUUGGCUCUUCCUUCCGAGACUUCGACUCCUGGCCACCAAAGGAAGCCGUCUCCCAGGAGGACUCGAGGAGUGCAGAUUUUGACAAGAUUCACCAAGACAUGACUCUCAUUGCGAUUUACGGUAUCAAAGAUCCCUUGAGACCUUCCGUCAUCGAUGCUAUCAAGGACUGCAAUCGCGCCGGUGUGGUGGUCCGCAUGGUCACUGGAGACAACAUCUUGACGGCAAGAGCAAUCGCCAAGGAAUGUGGCAUCUAUCACCCCGAAGAUGGCGGCAUUGCCAUGGAAGGUCCGACUUUCCGCAGGAAGACUGAGGAAGAGCUCAAGGACAUUGUUCCCAAACUACAAGUUCUUGCGCGUUCCAGUCCAGAAGACAAGAGAAUUCUUGUCCGAACUCUCAAGGAUCUUGGUGAGACGGUUGCUGUGACUGGAGAUGGCACGAAUGACGCACCCGCGCUGAAGCUGUCAGAUAUUGGAUUUUCCAUGGGCAUUGCUGGCACUGAAGUUGCGAAAGAAGCAUCUGGUAUCAUUCUGAUGGAUGACAACUUUGCUUCAAUCGUCAAGGCCCUGAUGUGGGGAAGAGCUGUGAAUGACUCCGUAAAGAAGUUCUUGCAGUUCCAACUGACCGUGAACGUUACCGCUGUUGUUUUGACAUUUGUCUCUGCAGUCGCCAGUCCUACACAGGAGUCGGUUCUCAACGCCGUUCAACUGCUCUGGGUCAAUUUGAUCAUGGACACAUUUGCCGCGCUCGCGCUUGCCACGGACCCGCCGACUCGCAGUGUCCUGGACCGCAAGCCUGACCGAAAGUCUGCUUCACUCAUCACGCUGAGGAUGGCCAAGAUGAUUAUGGGACAAGCAAUCUUGCAGCUCGUGAUCACCUUUGUCUUGAACUUUGCUGGACGCAGCCUUUUGGGCUAUGGCACUUCCGAAGACGAUACCAAGAGUCUGAAUACCCUCGUUUUCAACACAUUUGUCUGGCUGCAGAUUUUCAACGAACUUAACAAUCGCCGCCUGGAUAACAGGUUCAACAUUUUCGAAAACAUCACCAAGAACUACUUCUUCAUCGGAAUCAAUCUGAUCAUGAUUGGUGGUCAGGUUCUCAUCAUUUUCAAGGGAGGUGAGGCAUUCCAGAUCCAUGCUUUAAAUGGCAAGGAAUGGGGUCUCUCUAUCGGUCUCGGCGCCAUCUCUCUUCCUUGGGGAGCCUUCAUCCGUCUCAUCCCCGACGCGUGGGUGGCUUCAUGCCUGCCAUGGUUCAUCCGCAAGAAGUGGGCGCCUGAUACGAUUUCGGAGAAGCGUCUCGAGGAGCAUCGCAAGUUUACUGGUGGUCUCGAACCCCCUCUGCGGACACACACUGGACUCAGAGGUCGCAGAGCGCAGGAGCACAUGCCGUUCCGCCAGCGGAUGCACAAUGUGAAGGUACAUGCCAAGGCGAAGAUUGGCGGCCAUGAUCACAGCGUCUCGCCUAUCAAGGAGGGUUGA